GUCUUUAGUUUGCAGUACGCGUUCAACGAGUUCAGAUUAACUGAAGCAGCGAAAGUAGUGUUCAAGGAUGGCGUCGUUGGAGAAUCAAUUGCAAAGAAAUAUUGCGGAAUUUAUUAAUAUCGAUGCACAUCGAAAAAAAUACACUAACCAUUACAAUGCCUUACGUGAUACUAUUUAUUCCAUUCUGAAGUCUGAGAUGCCACUGGGAAAAUGGUUGUGUGGACACAAACUUGGAGGAAGCUAUGGCGAUAAAGUGAAAAUUACAAGGCCCGAUGAGUUCGAUUUGGUAAUCUAUCUGAAAUUUCCCGAAAACGAUCGGAUCAUCGUUAAGAGAGAUCCACGGAAACCGGGUAAUGUUACGCUCGACAUGACGGAGGUGCUAAAUAUCCUGCAGAGACAGGAUCAUCAAAAGGAUUCAUUUACAGUCCUAAAGAAAAUAGUUACGGCCCAAAAUCUAUUAUUGGAGGAUAAGCUGCAGGAUCUAAUAAAUGGUGCAUUUACCAAAGCUCUCAAUAAAAUGGAAAAACGGAUUAUUGUGGACGGCAUGACCUCGCAAAUAAUUUACAAACGAUGCGGUCCAGCUCAUACAAUUUUUAUAAAUUCACCCUGCAAAUAUUCGGUGGAUUUUGUGCCAGCAAUAAGGCUAAGUGAACGGCAGAAUGUGUUGGGCGGCGAGGAGCUCAGAUUCUUUCGGAACAUACCGUAUUGGGACGCAAUACCGAAACCUAUGAAGCCAUUCCAAGCGAACAACAUUUCAUUCCGGGCCUCCUACUAUGAUGCCGAAAAGGAAAUGAUGCACAAUAAACAAAAGCUGAAGGAUGUCAUCAAGCUGAUGAAGAAAUUCCGCGAUUCAAAGACAAACAUGGCAAAUGUUCGAAGCUAUUACAUUAAGACGGUGCUGCUGUGGCAGGUGAAGGUGCGUCCCGUAACCUAUUGGAGCGACAAGAGACUCUACGAGAUACUGAUCGAUAUGUACGAUGAGUUGGCCAGUUGCUUGGCAGUGAAUCAGCGGCGUGGCAAGUUACGCUUCUUCUGGGAUCCCAAUCUCGAUAUGUUUGCUGCCUUCACAACGAACCAACGGCACGACAUGUUCAACUGUGUCAUAGCUGAGCAUGCGAACCUCAAGAGAGCCGCUGGCAAUCUGACCAGUGACAUCAAUCAAAUUGUGCGAUCCUCCUACAGUAAUCGCGAGGAGCGUGGAGAGCCACAGCGAAGGCCUCGGAAUGGACAGCCAGCUGUAGCACCAGUUCCACCUCCUGCUAAUAAACCACAGGCAGAACAAUCGACUUGUAUAAUUGGCUGAGAGAGAGAGAGGGAGGGAGAGUAAGUUUCAAGACUUUAUUAACAAUAAAAUAAAAUGAAGAGAAGAGAAAUAAUUGGAUAGUUUUGUUUGUAUACUCGUUGUGGAACUUAAUGCUAUAGAAAAUGUGCUUGAUUUGUAGAUGAACAUCAUCAUCAUAAUCAUAACCAUCGACGUCGUUAACAUCAUUAAGUCGCUUAGAGGCCGCCACCGGAGCGAUCGACACUGAUCUUCUGCUUGAGAUUGGCCGCCUCGUGCUUCUGCUCCUCCAGCUCGGCCAUGCGCGCAAAUCGGGAAUAGGCCACAUCGCCAGUCUUGAUUGCCGACAUCAUCUAAUAAAUUUGAUAUAUGUACAUACAGUUGAAUUUGCAAUGCUCGUAGAUUACCAAAUAAAAUGCCAUUUACCUGUAGAUAUUCGUCGAGCUCCACUUGGCCAUUCAUGUUGGUGUCAAUCUCCUUGAGAAUCUCGUGCAGCUGCUCGCCAGACACAUCGCCAUCGCCGAAGCUCUUGAGUGCCCGUCUAAUGUCAUUGAUGGAGACAUAACCCUUCUUGUCCUUGUCGAUCAACUGGAAGCGUUUCACAUAUGUCUGAAUCUCCUCCUUGGACAGCUUAAUCGGUAUUCUCUCCUUCGAUGUGCGAUUGAUCGAGUGUCCCAUCUCGUUGGCCAAGAAAUCGGUGGCAUGCUUGAUUUGACGCUCCUUCUCAUCCUUGGACCACUGCAGCUCCUCGCCCAUAAUGUCCACAAUGACAGGCAAUGCCUCCUGUGCGGCCUGCACAUUGAGGAAGGCCAAGCGCAGACGACGCGCAAUCAUAUCGACGGCAGUGCAAGCGUAUUCACGCACACCAUAACGAAUCUCUGCAUCGAUGUAGGGGAACUCGGGAUGGAUGCGAUUGCCAAUGAUGGGCCAACGUUUGCCAGUCAGUGUUGCCAGCUUGGAGACGGCAAAGGCACGAUCGCCAUAUGAUUUGGCCAGAUGCUGUGCCACCUCGCA